AUGGAGAAGAAAUCGGAGGUUAACAUUAAAAAUAUUCAGGGUAGCAUUUGGCCCCGUCUGCCAAAAUACUACGAAACGUUCCUGUUCUUCAAGAUUAGGGACACGGAUGAAUUCAAAACACAUCUCAGAAGCUUUGCCGACAAGAUCACCACCGGUGAGCAAUGCAAGGCAUAUUUCGUGGAGACGAACGAUCUCCCUCAAGCCACCCCGGGCAAGCCGAGGACGGACACUCCGCCAGAGCAGCGCAAACCCUUCGAGGCUGUGAACAUUUCUUUCAGCUACAAGGGUAUUGAGAAGGUGAGGAAUCCGCUCCCAUCAAAACCGUCGCAAUACCUUUCCUCUUCACCCGCGGUAAUAUUAACUUGGAAAUUGCAGUUAGUUGAACAACGCCGGGAUGACAAGCUUGAUGAUGAAUUGCACAUCAGGGGAAUGUACAAGGAUAUGGUCUAUGAGGGGCCGGAUGAGCCUAGCAGUUUGUCUGAUGAAUAUAAGCCUCCUAAAGGCUCUCGUGCCGAUAAUGAUGACUGGAGAGUCGAUGGGCUGUUCAUUGUCACCGCCCAAACCAAAGACAAGCUGGGAGAGAAGAUAAAGGAGCUUGAAACUGGCUUCAAUGUUGGCCCUUCGUCGGCCAGUGUUGAGAUUGCUUUCCGGAAGGAGGGUAACCUCCGAAAUGCUGAUGGAAAAGCCGAGAAAGCCCAGGGUGGCACAUUUAGUCUCCACGGCAAAGAACACUUUGGAUUCGAGGAUGAGAUAUCUCAGCCUCAGAUCAGAGGCCUCGACCCGGAGCCCGGACCAGGUGAACAGAGGAGUAUUCCCCCAGGUUUGAUCUUCACUGGUCUUGAUGGUGACAAAGCAAAACAACCAAGCUGGGCCACGGAAGGCAGUUUCCUUGUUUUCCGUGAAAUCGUGGAAAAGGUCCCGGAGUUCAACAAGUACGUGAGAGAGAGUUCCAAGAAAAUACCAUCCUUUGACGAUGGUACGGGUGAGAAGCUUGCAGCUUAUCUGAUGGGAAGAUGGAAGAAUGGCUCCCCAGUUGAGCUCGACCCUGAGGGCAAUAAGCCAGAAUGUGUCUUUGCAAACAACUUUGACUUUAAAAAAGGACAUACCCUGCGGAAGAACACAAAGUGUCCCUUCGCAGCUCAUAUUCGCAAGAUGCGUCCUCGGGCAGACCUCUAUGUAGGAAACGACGAUUCGGAUGACAUGGACGCUGAGGAAGUUUCCGCCAAUCACAAGGUGACAAACACCAACGUUAUCCUUCGUCGUAGUAUCACGUUUGGACCCGAAGUCGAUGAAGAUGAAGAGGCGGAAGAGACGAAAAAGAACCGCGGCAUCUACUUCCUCUGUUACCAGAGUGACAUUCGCAAUGGGUUUAACAUGCUGAUUGCCCGCUGGGCAAGCAACAGAACCUUUGCUCCCAACACUGGUAUUGAAGGAGGCCCUGGUGUUGAUCCUAUCAUUAGCCAGAGAAACCGACCAGACCAUCCGGAGGGGUAUGUCAAUAUCUACGAAAAGCCUGACGAUAAAACUCCCUACAAGCUCCCACUCAAAUUCGUUGCAUGGACUGAUCAGCGAGGCGGUGAAUAUUUCUUCACCCCGUCUAUCGAGGCAUUGAAGACCAAGCUAACGGAGGAGUAA